AUGUCAUUGGAGUUUCAUUGGACCAUCAUAUUUUGUGUCGAUGGCACACACAAACGAGACAAAAUUAACGAAUUGAUUGAAAGAAGAAAAGAUGAGCUGCCUUUAAUCAAAAAAAUUUAUGAAGUCCCCACCCGCUUUAAAGUGAGUACGAGACAUUUACCGGACUUUGAAAGAUUUUUUCUCUCAAUGAUCACUUCUCUUGGAUUUCAAUGUCACCACGCGGUCUACGAAGCCGACGAUUUGUUAACUUCUUUAAUUCAAUCGAAAGGUGCUGAAUUUAUUAUAACAAAUGACAGUGACUUCUUCUUAUCAGACGCACGAUUUGUGAUGAAAGCAGACGACUUUGUGUAUAACUUGACAAAGAUAGUGGAGAGUGGCAGUGACGCCCUUCCCGAGCGAUUUGAAGUGCUCUGUGUUGACACAAAAUUCGUGAAAGAGUACUUCCUUCGAAUAGAAGAGAUGUUUUACCCCUACUUCUCCUGUUUAGUGGGCAAUUCAAAUACAAGUAAGUAUGCCUUGUUAUAUACACACCACCUUGGACUCAAUCUGAAAGAAAAUCAACAGUUAUUUAAUAUCAAUGAAAUCCUUUUGUUUUUAAGAACCUUUACAAGUGAGGACGAAUUGUUAUCUUAUAUGAAACGAAGACCUUGUAAGUACGACAAAGACUUUUUUGGGAGUCUUGAGGAAACAAAGAUGGCGCUCAAUCCUCCCCCUGAAACACAAAAUGAACAGGCGCCUUUAAACAUCGACCAAAUUGGGUACAAAACGUGUGCCAAAAUGUAUGUCAACACAAUCGAACUAGUCAACUACAAAUUUCUUCUGACAUCGGUUAUAUUUGGAAACCCUAAUCGUCAGCCAAUAUAUACGUUGACUGAAAAGCUACGCGCUCUCAUCUAUGGCUUUUUCUUGAAAGAGGAUGUUACAGAAGCCCGACAAGUCGGUGACAGUCUAAGUAAAGUGAAAGUGACUCCAAUCACUCUCAUGGACUUAAACUCUUUCAACACAAGAAGUCAAGACGAAAAGGUGCAAAUUAUACUUCAAAGUCUCUUCACUCCGCACCUUCAAGUUACUUCCCUCUAUCAGCAAUUCACAAAAGACAAUGUCUGGAAGGCGGUCUUAAUCACUUAUUUCCUUUGGAUCAAACAAAACUCGGACUUUUCUUUAUGUGAAGUGAUCAUAGGGUUCAACACAAUAGCUCAGCUCAUCACUGACCCCUCAAAGAAAGUUUACACUCCUAACUUACUCGACGACCGUUCUCCAUUACACAUCAUCAAUGUAUACAGUUCCGUUUCAACCUGCUUUUUGGAGUUCUUCAUCGACUUCUGUGAGUUACCUUCCUCCAUUGCGUCCAAAUUAUAUAUCGAAACCAUUCCAUUUUGCAGGUACUAUAACAGUGUUGUAUUCACCGAAGCAGAAUACAAGACCUUAGUAGAAACUUCAGACCUCUAUGCUGCUUUCGACACAGUUGUCCUUCACUGA